GUCGGUGUUGCGUGACGUCACAAGACACCUCCCGAUUGUACGCGGGUCUCUCGGCGGGGGGAGGAGCCAGCCGGCCCACGUGCUCGCGGAAAUACUCGUCAGGCCAGCGCACGCGCGCGCGCACACGCCCAAGGCAGCAGCGGCCGACUUUAUGAAUGAACAAUAGCUGCUCGCGCAUCUCUCCGGAAAGCAAGUACAGAGUACUACGGGUACUACUUUUGCUCUUUUAAGCUCUUUUUCGGACGACUUCUUUGACGGUUCGGCUCCCCAAGAAGUGGCGCCAUGUUCCGGAGAAGCAAAAGUCAAGUGUUGGUGGAUUACGCGUCGGAGGAAGACGACGUCUCCUGGCACCACAAGGACAAAGACGUAGAAGGAGAAAAAGACGAGGAGGACACCAUCACAGUCGUAUCCAAGGAGGUCAAGGUGAAGAAGAUGAUGUCCAAGAAGGAGAGGAAGGACAAGAAGAUGUUCUCCUCAAAAGACGACAAACACUUCUUGUUGACUGGAGAGACCCCAGCGCAGCGCCGAGGGAACGACAAAAAAGCCAAAUGCGAGAAGGCCGACAAAGCCCUUUGCUUCUGGGAAAGCGUCACCACGACCAUGAGGCAGAUCUCGCCCGCCAGAAAAACGGACAAGGCCGACGGCCGGGCGACGCCUCGACCCCGGAAAGACGGCGCCGGCGCCCCGGAGGAAGACGGCCGGCCGAACGGACGCUCGCCCUCGCCGCCUCUCGCCGACCCCUCGGCUCUCCCGCCGGACGCCGAGGACUCGUCCCGCUACGCCAACCUGCCGCGCCCCGACGACCCCGCCGCCGUCGUCACGUGGACGUCCCGCGCUAAAGUCAAGCUGGCCGGACUGGGCAGGAUGAGCCGAGGGAUCGUGUCGGACGGCGCCUGGGAAGGGCUCAAGUAGUGCGCGUGCCUCCGCUUCAGCGCCCCCUUUGUCCAAUGAGGUGUACUACUGCCAAGAAUGCUGGAAUCCCUUCCACGCUGCCAGGAAGAAAGAAAAAAAAAAAAAAAAAAGAUUCCAUCUGGUUUCCCGCUGGUGUUUUGUAGCAACAGCACCUGCAAGAAUUUUUUCCAAACUAAAUUUUUUUUUUUUAAGUUUAUUUUUUUUCCGUGGCAGUGAUAAUUAUGAAUUCACUUAUUCACGGAUUUUAGCUGUUUGCGGUCGGGCGUCUACCCCUGCAAAAUGUGCUGUCCGCUGUACACGUUUGAAGAUAAUUGCUGAAAAUGUGCAACCAGUGAGAACUCAAAGCUGAACUGAGGCGAUCCAAACAGUUUUUCCCAUUUCUGUUGGUGACGCUUUUGGGCAACCGACACUUUUUUAAAAUAUUUUUAAUAAAUUCAGAAACUCAGUUGGCAACAGCGGUUAUCCGGCUCAGUGGUAACGUGCAGUUGGCUUGUUUUGCCUCCACCUCAAAAAUGCGGCUUCCCUUCCGAUAGGCCGCGGACGCGGCAGCUUGAGAGCGCCUCGUUGUUGGUGAGCAAAGUUACCCGCUUGUCAGAAAAUUCACGUUCAGUUAUUCGUAUGUCAAAGCACCACUGUAAUGCCAUUCAUCCUUUUCCUGAGCCGCUUAUCCUCACAAGGGUGGCGGCAGGAGGCGGGGCACACCCUCAAAUGGUUGCCGGCCAAUCGCGGGGCACACGGAGACUCAGAAGUCCGCCACGCAAUCACUUUAAAUACCAAAUACUGGACUGCAAUUCCUUAAAUCGCGGCCCAGCCAAAAGUUCAGUUACUGCGGAAAUUCGGCAGCGUUUGUUUGCAGUAAACGUUUAAUCGCACAGCGCUGUCACCGAAGUGGAGCAAAAGGCAUUAACGCUGCGCCGAUGUCUUUUGUUUUGGCAUCUGGAACAGCGCCGUGUGUAUGUGGAAAAACAUGUAGUGUGUGUAUACAUGCCACAAUCUCAUGCUGAAUAUUUAUGAUUGUCAAGUGCCUUGAAGCCGCCGCAUAAUGUUUCAUUCCAAUUGAUUUAUUAAGUGCCAUUUUAUUAUUUUUUCAUGUCACAAGGAGUAGAAUAAAAGCCUUUUUUUAAGGUUAUGCUGUGCUUUCGCGCAAACACAAAGUUAUGACAAAGUAUAUUUUGGUUUAUUGAAAAGUUACAAUGAACAUGACUCAUCAUUGACCGCCUUAAUAUUGUUAAUAGAAAACGGACAAUCUGUUCAAAGUUGUCAUUCAUUUUAUGUGAAAGUAAGUUUGAAGAGAUCCUGAUGUUAUAAACCUAACCACCCCCAAAUUCUUACUAAUGACCUCCAAAUAUCUUGGUUUAUUUUUUUACUUACCAUAAUACAUAUUUCAUGAACAUAGCAGUUAUGACUGGGCUCAAUGUAAACAAUUUACAGAAAUGGAAUAAAAGUAGUCCAACAGAUUAUUUUGUCAAAAAUGAACUUCAAAAUCUGUAUGAUUUAUUAAAAAAAAUCUGUAUAUAUUUUGUCAAAUUUUCUGUUGUAAGAAUGGAAAAAGCUCAAUUAUUACUCGUGUUAUUGUCAUCUUCUGAGUUGUAAAGUUUUAAGUGGCUCGGCCAAGGGUGUGCGCACAAAUGCAAAAUUGCAUUUACGCAGUAGAUUUCAGCUCUUUUUAACAUUGGUGUGAAUAAUUUUUUUUUUUUUUUUUU